AAAAAAAUAUCAAAUCCCUAAGUGAAGAUUGUCGUCAAUUAGAAAAUUAUUUGUCCGACAAAAACACAAAAUUAUAUGUCAACAUUCGUGAUUUUCUAAAAGAAUUAAAAAAAUUUGAUAAUUUUUAUUUACUUGGAGAUAUCCAUUGUAUUGGUGGUGUUCGUGCUUAA